UCCUCUGAUUACUGCACUGAGUUGUUGACUAAGACCAGAGGUGUCGAACUCAUCUUAGUUCAGGUUACACAUUCAGCCCAGUAAAAUCACAGCAUAAUAACCUAUAAAUAACCACAACUCCACGUUUUCCCUUUUGUUUUAGUGCAAAGAAUUAUGCUCUGAAAAUGUCCACAUUUCAGGAAUUAAAAAACAGGACACAAAAUGUCAAAAGUGAGAAACAAAAUGACAAAAAAUGAGACAAAUGGCUCGGAAAAAAAACAAAGGAGACAAAAAAAUUAGACAAAGAAGUUACAAAGCGACAAAAAAAUUACAAAAAUGAGACAAAAAUUACACAAAUAACACAAACGAGAAAAAAAAUGACAAGUGAGAAACGAAACAAAAGAAUGGACAAUGCAAGACGACAAAAACGAUACUCAAAACAAUGAAUAAAGCAAAACACAAAAUGAUAAAAUAUGACAACAAAACACAAGCGAGACAAAAGGAAACACAAAACAAACAAAAUGACAAACAUGAGACAACUGACAAAAGUCAGACAAAAAAACAAAAUAGUACAAAAAUGAGGCACAAAACAAAAGCGAGAAACAGCGACAUAAAUGAGAAAAAAUAGACAAGUUACAAAGCGACAAAGAAAUGGACAAAUGACAAAACCGAGAAACAAAAUGACAAAAAAUAGACACACAAGCAAGACAAAAAAAUACACAAAACGACAAAUAAAGCGAAACACAAAAUGACAAAAAUAAGACAAAAAACACAAGCAAGACAAAAAGGAAACACUGAACGACAAAAAUGAGAAAAUGACAAAAACAUGAGACAGACGACAAAAGCUGGACCAAAAAAGACAAAAAACAACACAAACAAGACAAAAUAUAACUAAAAUGAGACACAAAAGAACAAUGAGCAAUCUAGUAUUUUACUUCAUGAUCAAAUCCAGAAUAGACUGCCCAGGACACUCUGCCCCCCUCACUUUCACCCACAAUAAAUAACAUGAUUUCUUUGGCAGAGAACAGAAUUUAUGUUUAUUAUUGCCUACCCAGGUGGUAAAACCAUCCGAGUGAGAAUCUUGGGAAAUCAACAUAUGUUUCCAAUCUUCACUAAGCAGUGAGCUUCAUUUAUAUCACACAGGGUAAUUAUGCUGCAGUCUGGAGUCCAGUUGUAAAGUAAGAAACUAGUCAGCCUUUUAAAUGAUCUGUUGGUGGUUUAGAUGAGCAAUAAAUAUGCACGGUAUCAACAUGAUUAUCAAUAUCAGCUGAUAAAGGCUUUAAAAUGAGAUAUUGGCAUCAACUCAAAAUGAACACUAUCAGAUAGAUAAUGUACAUCAGGUUGAAAGUUUACAGUUAUAUAAAUAUGUAGAAAUAAAUAUGGUGUUGGGUACACUACCGGUCAAAAGUUUGGGGUAAUCUCGAAAUGUCCUUAUUUUUGAAAAAAAAAAAAAUUUUUUUUUUCAAUGACGACAACAUUAAAUGAAUGAUAAAGCUAGUCUAGACAUUGUUAAUGCGGUAAAUGACUAUUCUAGCUGGAAAAGCUGAUUUUUAAUAAAAUAUCUACUUAACUGGAGCAUGGACAGUUAAAAGCUCAGAUAGAUGAGAAGGUGCCAACCCGUUUAACACCUUAAAAACAAACAAUAAAAUCUUUAAAACAAUUCUGAAGCAGACGUCUGAUCCAGACCCACGUACAGAGAGUUACAAUGGUCUAGCCUAGAUUUGUUGAAGGCAUGUAUGACUCUCUCAAAGUCGUUGUGGGUGCUUUACUUUGGCCAGCAGCCUCAACUGAAAGAAGACGGUUUUGACAACAACUGAUUUGUUUGUCAAAUUUAAAAGCAUUGUCAAAAAUCACACCUACAUUCUUUGACGAGGGUCUAUUAAAGAUUUCCAGAGGGCCAAGAGUACUGAUGCAGUCAAUUAAUGGAUCUGGAUGGCUAAAACCAACAAUUUCUGUUUUGGUUUCAUUGAGAGAAAGAAAAUGAAUGUCCAACUAUAAUCCUCAUGAGGUCCUCUAGGCAGUUUAGUAAUGGCUGGGAUGAACCUGCGGUUUUGGGACUAAUUGGUAAAUAAAUCUGGACAUCAUCUGCCAAACCCUUGUGCAGUUAUGUUAGUGCUUGGAUAUAAAUGUGAGUUUUCAUGGAAAACAUGAAAUUUUCUGGAUGACCCCAAACUUUUGAACAGUAGUGUGUGUGAGUUUGAAUAUUUUUCAUAAUAUGUUAAAAACACUGCAGGAAAAUCUUGAUGUCUGCAGUUAGGUGAAAUAAUCAUAUAUCAUGAGUAGGAAAACAUCACCAUAUGGAAUACAGGAAAAAGUCCACUAUCAUGCAUGCUUACCUUCACAUUAGAGGCCAAAAAGUUUUGCUUUAUAAUGAUUUUUUAUUUGACUGAUCAGUUUCUUCUGGUUGGAAAUGACUUAAACAAGUGCCAAAGAUCACAAAACAUUGUGUCAGCGAUUUAACUAGAUUAAAACUAGUUAAUAGGUAACUAAUUUUAUGUAUUUUUUGUAUUAAAAAAACGACGGAGUUACUCAGUUUCAACCGGAUGGUCUUGAUGGUAAUCCAUGAGUUUAUCUUGGCCUUUUACCAACCAUCCUACCAUGCCAGUUAAGUUCUCACAGCGUGUAAAUCAUUGCACUUUUGUCAUCUUUGGUAACUUGUUAAAGUUAAUUUCCACUAGAAGAAUUCAGUGAGUCAAAUACAGAUGAGCAUGGGUAUGAAUAAUUUUGGGCAUCAUGUUCAUGGCUGUGGAACAUGACUUAUCUCCAGGCUUAGUAGCAGGCUUCGCAACUUCCUAGCUGUUGCACGGAAGUUGAGUCAGAACACAGUGACUAGACCAGUUGGGGUAAGAACUAUUAUGCUUCUGACCCCAACUGAUAUUCCAGUCACCUGGUUCAUUUACUGUAUAUGGUAUGACUGUUUGAACAUGGAGGAACUCUAACAACGAGACCUCGUAGUUACUCAGGCAGCCUAGUCAAGUCAUGGUGAUCGGUGUUUAAAUUCAUCCACUUGACACAAAGAUGAGUCAGUGUGGACAACAGGCUGCAUUUGUAGCAAAGAUGUAAUUAAAGGCCUGUACUAAGGAACAGUUAUCAAAAACUGGAAAACAGUAUUUAGUCUCUUUUGUGAGAAUGUCUGGUUGAGCUGGACGCUGGGAAGAAAGGUCCUUCCUGUGUAGUUCACACCCCGUGUUCUGUACUAAACUGCGAAACACACAAUCGUGAUUUUCUUGAAGGAGUUCCAGAGAUGCCGAGCUCUUGUUGGUCCUUUUGUCUUCACUCUGCGUCCAUCUCAUCCCAAACCAUCUGGAUUGGGUUCAGGUCAGGUGACUGUGGAGGCCAGAUCAUCUCCAUCAUCUCCUUCUUGGUCAGAUAGUCCUUCCACAGCCUGGAGGUGUGUUUGGGGUCAUUGUCCUGUUGGAGAAUAAAUGAUGGUCCAACUAAACCAAACCAGAUGGGAUGUCAUGUCGCUGCAGGAUGCUGUGGUAGCCAUGCUGGUUCAGAGUUCCUUCAGUUUGGAAUAAAUCCCCAACAGUGUCACCAGCAAAGCACCCCCACACCAUCACACCUCCUCCUCCACGCUUCAUGGUGGGAACCAUGCAUGUAGAGACCAUCUCUUCACCUUCUCUGGUCUCACAAAGACACGGUGGGUGGAACCAAAGAUCUCACAUUUGAACUCAUCAGACCAAAGCCCAGAUCUCCACUGGUCUAAUGUCCAUUCCUGGUGUUUCUAGGCCCAAACUAAUCUCUUCUGCUUGUUGCUUUUCCUUAGUAGUGGUUUCUGAGCAGCUAUUGGACCAUAAAGGCCUGAUUGGUUCAAUCUCCUCUGAACAGUUGAUGUAGAGAUGUGUCUGAUACUAGAACUCUGGGUGGCAUUUAUCUGAACUCUAAUCUGAGCUGCUGUUAACUUUCCAUUUCUGAGGCUGGAGAUUCGGAUGAACUUCUCCUCAGCAGCAGAGGAGACUCUUGGUCUUCCUUUCCUGGGGAGGUCCUCAUGGGAGCCAGUUUGGUCGUAAAGCUGGACGGUUUUUAUGACUGAACUUGGAGAUACAUUCAGAGUUUUUUCAAUUUUCCAGACUGACUGACCUUCAGUUCUUAAAGUAAUGAUGGACUGUCGUUUCUCUUAGCUGAUUGGUUCUUGCCAUAAUAUGGAUUCUAACAGUUUUCAAAUAGGACUGUCAACUGCGGACCAACCUGACUUCUGCACAACACAACUGAUGGUCCAAACCCCAUUAAGAAGGAAGAAAUUUCACAAAUGAACCUUGAAAAGGAACACCUGUGAAGAGAAACCAUUUCAGGUUCUACCUCAUGAAGCUCAUCCAGAUAAUGCCAAGAGUGUGGAAAACAGUAACCAAAGCAAAGGGUGGCUAUUUUGAAGAAUCUAAAAUAUAAAACAUGUUUUGCCUCAAUUUUUUUGUUUCCUGCAUAAUUCCAUGUGUUCAUUCAUAAUUUUGAUGCCUUCAGUGAGAAUGUACAAUGUAAAUAGUCAUGAAAAUAAAGAAAAACCAUUAAAUGAGACGAUGUGUCCGAAGUUUUGACUGGUAGUGCCUGGAAUGCUACCAAGGUUGACACCUUUGGUUUAUAAUCAAACCUUGUAAAAUGAUUUGCAAGUCCAGCAUGUAACUUAUCAAGCAACUUAUAUGGACCAAUCCUACUCUACUGUCCUUUGACCUCUACUAUCAUUUCUGAUGUGAACUGAAUAUAGGCUAGCUGUCAGACUACCUCAUGUCUUUUGGAGUCUGCUCUGUUAGAGUGACCUGUGCCUUCAUUUGAUGCUGUCUGAUCACUGAGACCAUGGGGGACCAAAAAUUUGAAGCUUUGAGAAUUAAGCGGGAGAUUGGGUUGAUUGGCGGUGUUGCAAUAGUUUCUGGAACUAUGAUCGGAUCUGGAAUAUUCAUGUCUCCACAGUUUGUUCUGGGCUAUGUGGGAAGCCCUGGAGCAAGUCUGCUAAUCUGGGCUGUCUCAGGACUUGUUGCUAUGUUUGCUGCUCUGUCCUACACGGAGCUUGGGACAAUCAUUCCUGAAUCUGGUGGGGAGUUCAUGUACAUCCUGAGGAUCUAUGGUUCCUUCCCCGCAUUUUUUGCAGCAGUCACAUUCGUCCUGGUUGUGAAGCCUUGCAGUGUUGCAGCAAUGUCAAUCAGCAUUUCAGAGUAUGCCAUGGCACCCUUUUAUGGAGGCUGUGAGCCUCCUCAGCUGGCAGUGAAGUGUGCUGCAGUCGUGUGUAUUCUGGUCGUUGCAACAAUCAACAUCUUGAAUGUUCGGGUUGCUGUCAGAAUCCAAGUGGUCUUCUUGAUAGCCAAAGUGAUCGGGUUAACAGUGAUUGUUGUUGGAGGGUUUGUGGCGAUGAUUCAGGACAGCACUAUGAUUGUGGAGAAUUUGAAAGCUGAGAAUUCGUUUAAAGGCACUCAGCACUCUUUGAGCACAUUAGGAAUGGCUUUUUAUCAAGGACUCUGGUCUUAUUCCGGCUGGUUCUGCUUGAACUAUGUCACCGAGGAGCUGAAAAGACCCGAGGUGAAUCUUCCCAGAGCGUUGAUAAUAGCCAUGUCUCUGGUGACCGGCUUGUAUCUGCUGGUGAACGUGAGCUAUCUGACGGUGAUGACGCCUAAAGAGCUAAUGUCAUCCACUGCAGUAGCAGUGACCUGGGGGAAUAAGAUGUUUGGCAGCUGGGGCUGGAUCAUGUCUGUGGCUGCAGCCUUGUCUGCUUUUGGUUCAUUAAAUGGGACGUUCUUCAGCGGAGGCCGUGUUUGCUUUGUUGCUGCCAGAGAAGGACACAUGCCAGAUAUUCUGUCCAUGGCUCACGUCCACAGACUGACUCCUUCUCCAGCGCUGAUCUUCACCACUGUGAUCUCUCUGGUGGUGCUGAUACCUGGAGACUUUCAGAGCAUCGUCAACUACUUCAGUUUUACUGCCUGGUUUUUCUACGGCAUCACCCUGUCUGGACUGGUCUAUCUCAAAAUCAAGAAGCCAGAGCUUCCCAGACCUUACAGAGUUCCCAUUAUCCUCCCUUUACUGGUCAUCCUAGCGGCAAUAUUCCUCGUGCUGGCACCCAUCGUAGACAAUCCUCAGAUUGAAUAUCUCUACGUGACUUUAUUUAUAUUGAGUGGAAUUAUAGUUUAUGUACCCUUCAUCCAUUACAAGCUCUGCCCAGGACUAUUGAACAAGUUAACAGUGUUCCUGCAGCUCUUUUUACAAGUUGCUCCAGCAGAGAAAAACCUGUGAUUUCCACUGUGUUCACACAGAUCUGCCUCCUGAUGCAGGGAAUCAGAAUCUGCUAAAACGCAGGAACUAAUUUAGUUUACAUUGACUGUCUUUGAAUUAAAGCAAUCUCAUAGGUAUUAUCUUUUUGCACAGUUGCACAAUUUUGUGUUUUUUUUGUCUGACUUAUAAAUCUUAGUUAAAUCUGUAAUGUACAUAGUUUAGGUACUGAAUUUCAGUUUAUUAUAAUGGUUCUUGUCUUUUUUUCCUUGCAAAAGGUUCCAAACAAAACACAUAAAAAUGUAUUUUAAACAAAUUUUAUGACAAGAGAACUCCGCGGCUGUACAAGAAGUUUCCAAUUUCGGAUUUUUUUCUGAAAGAUAUAAAGGUGAAAUGUGUUUUGGAGCACGUAAAAACAAGUAUCCUUUGACUUUGUGUCUGCUGUUCUCAUUAGCUGCAACUUUAUUUGACUGAAGCAGCAAAAAAAAAGUGUCACAUUGCAGCUUCUCCAGGUGAAAAAUACAAAAACUGCAGCAUCUGCUCUCCUUAAACAGUUAAUGUUAUAAAAGCAAUGAAGUUUUAAAGAGCUGUUUCAAUAAAAUAAAGCAUCAGAAACUAUGCUUCACAAAAAAA